AUGUAAACUGCUUUUCUUUUAUCUACAUGAGCGACCCCAGCCCACACGUAGAGCCUCCCUGAGUUUGUUUUAGUGGGAGCAUGGGCAGCCAGAAAAAGUGGAGCAUGGCCUCCAGGUCCCCUUUUGCCACAAUGAGGGGCCGUUUGGGGCCGAGGAAGAAGGGUGUUGAGAGUUUGUGCGUCAGCAGCCUGCUGGGCGUUCUCCGAUCCCACACCUGGCUGAUCGGGGAUGAAGAUGUGGCCGUCCUCCUGGCUCGGACGUCUUCGCCGUGCUUUCCGCACACUCGGGCUCACUCCCUGUCUUUCUCUCUCUGCUCCUCGUCUGCAGAUGGUGGGAGCGAUGACUUUGGAGACCCUCGCUCACCCAGUCUGGACCCUCAUCUGAGCCACAUCGGCCAAGGUGGCAGCAUAGACAGCGACUGUGCCUUCGAGGGAGACUACGCCGUGCCCCCGCUCUCCAUGACCGAGGGCAUGCAGCACAUUCGCAUGAUGGAGGGCGUGUCACGCUCUCUGCCCUCCUCCCCGCUACUCGCCCACCAGGCCAUCGGUGUCAGGCUGCAGUCGGUGAAGAAGCUAACAGCCCCACUGCGGAAAGCAAAGUUUGUGGAGAGCCCUCGCAUUCCACAAUCAGAGCUUGACUCCCGUACACACACCUCUGCUACUGCCAAGAAUACAGACCUGGACUCAUACCGCACUGGGGAGUCGAGCCAUGAGCUGGGGCCCCCUCCUUCGGUGGAUGAGGCAGCCAACACAUUGAUGACGCGGCUGGGUUUCCUUCUGGGAGACAAAGUGAGCGAGGGGCCAGCUGGUACUCAGUACAGCAUGGAGGAACCCGAGGCCAGACAGGGCCAGAACCAGAGGAUCAGCCCCUGCUCCACCUUAACCAGCAGCACUGCCUCUCCGCCUGCAGGCAGCCCCUGCUCCACCCUCCCCACAGCCAUGCCAGGUCAGGCUGGAAACAAGGACUGCGCCUACGGUUCUGUCACCAGCCCCACCUCAACACUGGAGAGCAGAGACAGCGGGAUUAUAGCUACUCUGACGAGCUAUUCGGAGAACAUGGAGCGAGGCGGAAAAUACAGCGAGGGCUCCAGAGGGAACCUGAAACUGUGGCAGUCCCAGAAAUCAGGCAUGGACUCGUUCCUGUACAGGGUGGAUGAAAACAUGACCGCCUCCACCUUCAGCCUGAACAAAAUCCCUGAGCGCAACCUGGAGAGCAUGUCCUCCCAUUCUGCCCACUCCAUCCCUUUGUACCUCAUGCCUCGUCCCAAUUCUGUGGCUGCUACAAGUUCAGCCCACCUGGAGGACCUGGCAUACCUGGAUGAUCAGAGGCACACUCCAUUACGCACCUCGCUGCGCAUGCCGAGGCAGAGCACCACCUGCGGGCCGUGUCGCUCUGGGCCGGACCUGAGAGCUUCUGCAAAUAACACCCAUGCCUGGCAAUCCCAAUCACUGCGUUUUGCACCUUAUCGGCCUCAGGACAUCGCUCUCAAACCUCUGCUGUUUGAAGUACCCAGCAUCACCAUGGACUCCGUCUUCACCGGACGUGAGUGGCUCUUCCAAGAGAUCGACGCCCACCUCAACAACCCAAACGGCGGUAUCUGCCACGGCGUCGUGAUUGUGGGCAACAUCGGCUUCGGCAAGACGGCGAUCAUCUCCCGGCUGGUGGCGCUGAGCUGCCACGGGACCCGCAUGAGGCAGAUCGCCUCAGACAGCCCGCAGGCUUCACCCAAACAUGGAGAGGGGCUUCCUCUCACGCAGCCCCAGCCCACGCACGGCACCCUAGGAGGAGGCAGCUGUCCUGGAACUCCUGAGAUGAGACGACGUCAGGAGGAAUCCAUGAGGAGGCUGGCGUCGCAGGUGGUGGCUUACCACUACUGCCAGGCAGACAACGCCUAUACCUGCUUGGUGCCGGAGUUUGUGCACAAUGUCGCGGCCUUGCUGUGCCGCUCGCCGCACCUGGUGGCCUACAGGGAGCAGCUGCUGAGGGAGCCGCACCUGCAGAGCGUCCUGAGUCUGCGCUCCUGCGUCCAGGACCCAUUGGCGUCCUUCAGGAGGGGGGUCCUGGAGCCCCUGGAUGCACUUUACAAGGAGAGGAAAAUCAACACUGAGGAAGACCUCAUCAUCCUCAUCGACGGCCUCAAUGAAGCCGAGUUCCACAAACCGGACUAUGGAGACACCGUCGUGUCCUUCCUCACCAAAACCAUUCACAAGUUCCCUCCCUGGCUCAAACUAGUAGUGACAGUCAGAACAACACUACAGGAGAUCACCAACGCGCUGCCAUUUCAUCGCAUCUCCCUGGACAGCCUGGAGGAGAACGACGCCAUAGACCAGGACCUGCAGGGCUACAUCCUGCACCGCAUCCACAGCAGCCCAGAGAUCCAGAACAACAUCUCACUCAACGGCAAGAUGGACAACACCACCUUCGGCAAACUCAGCGGCCACCUGAAGGCCCUGAGCCAGGGGUCCUACCUGUACCUCAAACUCACCUUUGACCUCAUUGAGAAGGGCUACCUUGUUCUCAAAAGCUCCAGCUAUAAGGUGGUACCAGUCAACCUGGCGGAGGUGUACCUGCUGCAGUGCAACAUGCGCUUCCCCACCCAGUCGUCAUUCGAGCGGGCGCUUCCUCUUCUCAACGUUGCCGUGGCGUCGCUGCAUCCGCUGACGGACGAGCAGAUAUAUCAGGCCAUCAACGCUGGUUCACUGCAGGGCACACUGGACUGGGAAGACUUUCAGCAGCGAGUGGACAACCUGUCGGUUUUCCUGGUGAAGCGGAGGGACGGCACCAGGAUGUUCGUUCACCCGUCCUUCAGGGAGUGGCUGAUCUGGAGGGAGGAAGGAGAAAAGACAAAGUUCCUCUGCGACCCGAGGAGCGGACACACCCUGCUGGCCUUCUGGUUCUCUCGCCUGCAGAACAAGCUGAACAGGCAGCAGACGAUCGAGCUGGGCCAUCACAUCCUCAAAGCACAUAUCUUCAAGGGCCUCAGCAAAAAAGUAGGAGUCUCUUCGUCUAUCCUGCAAGGUUUGUGGAUUUCCUACAGCACAGAGGGUCUUUCUGCUGCGCUCUCAUCGCUCAGAAAUCUGUACACCCCCAACAUCAAGGUGAGUCGGCUCUUGAUGCUGGGAGGUGCCAAUGUGAACUACCGCACAGAGGUGCUGAACAACGCCCCCAUCCUCUGCGUCCAUUCCCAUUUGGGCUACAUGGACAUGGUGGCGCUGCUGCUGGAGUUUGGUGCCUUCGUGGACGCCCAGUCUGAAAACGGCCUCACGCCGCUUGCCUACGCGGCGGCCGGUGGGCACAUGGCCAUCGUCACUGCGCUUUGUCGGAAGAGAGCAAAGGUGGACCACCUGGACAAAAACGGCCAGUGCGCCCUGGUUCACGCGGCCCUCAGGGGCCACAUGGAGGUGGUCAAAUUCCUCAUCCAGUGUGAUUGGAACGUCGGCUCCCCGCAGCAACAGUCGCCGCAAACACAACAGCAGGCGUCCUUCACAAAGAGCCAAGCAGUGCAGCAGGCGCUGGUCGCUGCCGCCAGCAUGGGCUACACAGAGAUUGUUUCCUACCUGCUGGACCUGCCAGAGAAAGAUGAAGAGGAAGUGGAGCGUGCUCAGAUCAAUAACUUUGACAGCCUGUGGGGAGAGACAGCUCUGACGGCAGCCUCUGGUCGCGGGAAGCUGGAAGUUUGCCGCCUCUUAUUGGAGCAGGGCGCCGCCGUGGCUCAGCCCAACAGACGAGGCAUCGUUCCCCUCUUCAGCGCCGUCAGACACGGACACUGGCAGAUUGUAGACCUCCUUAUGAAUCACGGAGCCGACGUCAACAUGGCCGACAAGCAGGGUCGCACGCCUUUAAUGAUGGCAGCCUCAGAGGGACAUCUGGGAACGGUUGAGUUUUUACUCUCUCAAGGAGCUUCUCUGUCCCUGAUGGAUAAAGAGGGCCUGACGGCUCUGAGCUGGGCUUGUCUGAAAGGGCACCUGGCCGUCGUACGCUACCUGGUGGAGAGCGGCGCCGCCACUGACCACGCAGACAAAAACGGACGUACCCCACUUGACCUGGCGGCCUUCUACGGCGACUCUGACGUGGUCCAGUUCUUGGUCGACCACGGGGCCAUGAUAGAGCACGUAGACUACAGCGGCAUGCGUCCUCUGGACCGGGCGGUGGGCUGCAGGAACACAUCGGUUGUGGUGGCCCUGCUCAAGAAAGGAGCCAAGAUUGGAUGUCAGACGCUGCCCAGUCGGCCCCGAGGUCCAGCUACGUGGGCCAUGGCCACCUCCAAACCAGACAUCAUGAUCAUCUUACUCAGCAAGCUCAUCGAGGAGGGGGACAGUUUCUACAAGAAAGGGAAGGUGAAGGAGGCAACUCAACGUUACCAGUACGCUCUCAAAAAGUUUCCGCGCGAAGGCUUUAGCGAGGACCUCAAGUCAUUCAGGGAACUGAAAGUGUCGCUGUUCCUCAACCUGUCCCGAUGUCGGAGGAAAAUGAAUGACUUUGGGAUGGCUGAGGAAUUUGCUACCAAGGCACUUGAACUGAAACCAAAAUCGUACGAGGCUUACUACGCCCGAGCGCGCGCCAAACGCAGCAGCAGACAAUUUCCUGAAGCCUUAGAGGACCUGAAUGAAGCCAUAAAGUUAUGUCCCAAUAACAGGGAAAUUCAGCGGUUACUGCAGAGGGUGGAGGAGGAAUGCCAUCAGCUCAGCCAGGAAGAACACCACCAGCAGGACCUUGAGCUGGAGCCUCCGCCCUCCCCUCCACCUACACCUCCCCCUGAGGAGGAGGAGUCCUUGUCCCUAUCCAUUCCCCUUCCCCCUCCACCUGAGCCCCGGCUGGAGGACAUGGAGCCCGUCCAGGACCUGUUCGAGGACGAGGACUACCUGGAGCAGGAGCUGGAGGCCAUGUCUUUGGCACUGCCUCCUCCAGACUCUCUCACAAACCAGUCAAGUCUUCCCAUCAUACAGAGCCCGCCACUUUCACCCACACACCAAGAUCAGAUGUAUUUAGCUGGUGGAUCACCCAUGGGCCAGCCUUAUGAAUACCUCCCAACCUCCUCUUCCAUGUCCUCCCCAACUCGAGGCUCAUACCAGCCCCCAUCGCCCUCCCUCUCUCCAACACAUCAAAACUCCCACUACCGACAUAGCCCCCCACACCCUUCCCCAGUGCACCAACAGUCCUACCGCUAUAGCCCACCUCCAAUGGGCAGCGGAGGCCAGGGCAUGGAUCACCAGAGCCCUCCGCCUUCCCCGUUACGUCGGGCCGCUCAGUACAGAGCUAGUCCACCUUUAGAGAGCGUUUGCUUGUACAGGUCCCAGUCUGGGUCUCCUGUGCGUUACCAGACAGAGCAGCUACCCGGCCGACCCAAAUCCCCCCUUUCCAAGAUGAGCAGCCAGCGCUCAUUCCAGCUGACCUCACAAGCGUCUCUAUCCUCUCAGCAUCACCAAGCCCAAGGCCUCCGCCUCCAACCCUCUAUCGCCCAAAUCGUCCGCACAAACCAGCCCAACGUCUUGGGCAACAGCUUUAGUGGUCCGAUGGGCCACUCCAUCGGUGGUCGCUAUCAGGGGGGCUCAGUGGACGUGGAGAGCCGCCUGGUGUACCAGCCGUCCCUAGACGGACGGUCCAUGCCCCAGGUUCAGGCUAGCCACAGCUCUGGGGCCCUCUGUCAGCACGGUGGCCGAGGAGGGGUCAUGGAGUCAAACCUGUUGAAAGAGGAGCUACCCCAGCGCCCCUCCUCUGCCUACCGCGCCAGCAGCGGGGGCCCGGGUGGCAUCCGCUACAGCCAGACACCUCAGAUAAGCCGCAGCCAGUCUGCUGCCUACUACCCAGUCUCUGAACACGUACUGGAGCGUGCCAACGCUAUGCCUCCCUGUCAACUGGGCUCUCCUGAGAACCCCCACAUGGUGAGACGCCCCGUGAGUGCCAAUACUACCGAGAUGAAACAGCACGUGCCCACCCCCAGGCCUCUCAUCCAUUCUCAGAGUGUAGGCCUGCGAUUCUCUCCCUCUAGCAACAACAUCUCAGCCGGAUCCACUUCCAACCUAGCCCAGGCCUUCAGGCCCUCCGCAUCCAUCCAGCAGAUGGAGAUACCCUUACAAGCGACGUACGAGCGAGCCUGUGACGACAUAUCCCCGAUCUCCCCUUCCCAGAGCGGCGGUCUGUAUCAAGGCGAAACCACUCGGUCCAGGAAUACGCCUUUCAUGGGGAUCAUUGACAAGACCGCUCGGACUCAACAGUACCUGCAUCAGCCUGGACGGUCCAGGCCCAUGACCUCCAUGGAUGCUGCUAUUAGUCCCACCUCCCCCGGGCAGCUAGUCCAGCAGGGCUCCACCUACAGUCCCCCGGCAUCUCUUGGCAACAUCGCCUACUACAACAAGACCAACAACGCCCAAAACGGGCACCUUCUGGAGGAGGACUACUACUCCCAGCCUCAGCCCUCCUCACUGGGAAAGUUGACCAACGGCUCUCGUGGCAGCGGCGAUAUCCUGGAACGGGUCAGCCAGGUGCCCACCUACCCCGACGUGAAGGUGGCGAGGACUCUGCCAGUGGCACAGGCCUACCAGGACAACAUGUACCGCCAGCUGUCACGUGACUCCCGGACCCAAGGCCCCAGCUCCCCCAUCAAACCAAAGAGACCAUUUGUGGAGUCGAACGUGUGAGUGGACAGUUUGGACUUGGUGCGUCAGCAGAAGAGAGGUUGGAAAAAUAUUCAUCUAAAAAACAAAAAA